AUGGCUCCUCCUCGCACGAAGAAAGUCCGGUCUUCGACCGAUUCCAGCUCAACGGCGCGCCCGCAAACCGUUACCCUCCAAUCGCCUGCGAGAACACCAGUGCAGAGUCCCCGAAAGAGGAGCAUGACGAUCACGGAAGGACAGAAGCAAGCGUUGAUUGAUAAUCUACAACUAGAGAUCACGGAACGCGCGCGAAAGCUUCGAGCUCAAUACGCCCUCCAAGCUCAAAGUCUACGGACUCGAAUUGAGUUACGGAUAAAUCGUAUUCCGACUUCUCUCCGUAAUGCGAACAUGGGGGAGCUAUUGGAGAAGUACAAAGAGAUGUCGGAUCCCAAACGACAGAGCGCGCCUCAAGAGGAGGAGGAGGCCGUAGAAAUUGCUCAUUCGAGCGAGUCCAGGCCCGUCUUGGUGUCAGAAGGUUCCAAUUCAACAGAUAUGACCAAGUUCCGAGGCACAAAGAGAACCAGGCGAGUCCUUAUGUGCGAUCUAGCCGUGCCUCCGAUUCUAACGAGCCGCAGCGACGCAAUAAACUCCGCAGACAAGGAGAACAACGCCCAGUCCAUGGAAGCGAUACCCAAUCCCAAGAAGCGAGCCAAAAUGACAACUACUGCGAAAUCGCGCCAAGCUACGAACCCGUCUACUGUACUUUCCCCCAAAUCAGCUAACUCACGCACUCUUCCCCAAUCGCCAGUCCACCCAGAGCUCAAGUCGCCGCAGAAGUUAUACUUUGCACAUCCAACGUCACCUCUGAAACCAAUAUCACCUAUCAAAUUGGCAUCACCUGCCAAAGCUGCCGCAGCAGCAGCAACAGCAAACCUAGCCAGUAUGGUGACUGAGAAAGUAAAACCCGGCCGUCCGAAAGCAGCAGCAGGUCGUAAAGCUAGCAAUCCUACGACAACGAAACCAGCGGUCGGAAGGCCAAAGCGGGGUGCGGCUAUAGCCAAAGAACCGGAGGAUAUGAGGAAAGUGAGCAAUCAAAGUGAUACAUCAAGUAUCUCUACGAGUACCACCAUUGUGAAGAAUGCGAAAAAGGCACCUGUAGCAGCUGCAAAGAACAACGAGGUUGGCGUGCGUGCCGUGGGGAAGAAGGUCGCUGCGGGCACGAGGAUGCCACCGCCUGGAAGAAGGGUCUUGAGAAAGAGAGUAUGA